AUGUCGAAGAUCACAGUCGCUAAUGUCCGGACGCAAGUCCAGGAGCUCCUGGAGUACUCCAACGAGACCAAGAAGCGCAACUUCCUCGAGACCGUCGAGCUCCAGAUCGGCCUGAAGAACUACGACCCCCAGCGUGACAAGCGUUUCUCUGGCACCAUCAAGCUGCCCGCUGUCCCCCGUCCCAACAUGGCCAUCUGCAUCCUCGGUGACCAGCACGAUCUCGACCGUGCCAAGCACGGCGGUGUCGACGCCAUGUCCGCCGAUGACCUCAAGAAGCUGAACAAGAACAAGAAGCUCAUCAAGAAGCUUGCUCGCAAGUACGAUGCCUUCAUUGCUUCCGAGGCUCUCAUCAAGCAGAUCCCCCGUCUCUUGGGUCCCGGUCUGUCCAAGGCUGGCAAGUUCCCCACCCCCGUCUCCCACGCCGAUGACCUCUCUGGCAAGAUCACCGAGGUCAAGUCCACCAUCAAGUUCCAGCUGAAGAAGGUUCUCUGCAUGGGUGUCGCCGUCGGCAACGUCGAGAUGGAGCAGGAGCAGCUGAUUGCCAACAUCAUGUUGUCCAUCAACUACCUCGUCUCCCUGCUCAAGAAGGGCUGGCAGAACGUUGGCAGCCUUGUCAUCAAGGCUUCCAUGUCUCCCCCUCACCGCCUCUACUAA